GUCUGGGAGUGUGUGUGUGCGUGUGUGUGAGAGAGAGGAAGGCUGUCAGUAGAAUGGAUAUGUGCCCUCUGUCCUCCACCCUUUCUCCUCUCUUUCUCUCCCUCCAUCUCCUGCCUUCAUCCCCCCUCUCUCAGUGGUGUGCCUCUGGCCAUCUGGGCAGGGUUAACUCGGUGGCGGACAGGCGGACGAACAAACGGAGCGCUGACACUGUGCUUAAAUGUCCGACGGGUGCCAGAAUGGUGGUGAGCAACCUGAAGACGCAGCGGCCCCGGUGGAGGUGUGGCCGGAGGUGCAGCGGGCGGAGUGUCUGGCCCGUGGGGCGGCCUUGAAGUGGGCCUCGGGGGUGUUCUGUCGCCCGGAGCACCUCGAGAGGCUGGCCCAGUACCGCAAGAGGGAAAGCCAGAGAACAACCUCCAUACACUCCAGACUCAAGUCGGUAGUCCAGUCGUAUCUGGAGGGGGUCGGCUGGGGUCUGGAGCAGCUGAGAGAGGCGAAGGCGGACCUCAAGGAGGUGGCUCACACCUUGCGGAAGACCAGGUCAGAGUCCAGCGGGAACGCAGAGGCGGUGAAGGUUCUGGAGAAGCUCAAAGACCUGUCCGUCAAUCACUGUCAGCUCCUGGCUGCCGUGAGCAACCUGCCUCGCCUCUACGCCGUACGGGGCAUGGUGCUGGAGACGGAGAGGCUGGUGGAGUCUCGGAGGCUGCUGGAGGCCCACAGCCGGCUGAUGGAGCUGGAGUGCUGGCAGGACGACGUGCUGUGGCAGCUCCAGGAGGCUGGCUCCUCAGGGGGGGCAGCGUCUGGGCUCAGUGCCCAGGACGAGGAGCUGGUCAGGGCCUAUUUCUCAGGAGUGGGCCGCCUGGUGGAGGCUCUGGGUAAGGAACUGUGGGCAGUGGUGAGCAGUGGACUGGCUCUGGCACGCCAGAACCCCACUCCCUUUGUCUCUGCCGUUCGUAUCGUGGAAAGAGAGGAGGCCCUGGACCACAUGUUACUGGCGGAGAGAGGAAGUGGUAGUGGGGCUCACGGCAGACCCCUCCCGCCUGGGCGGCCGCGCUGCUGGAGAGAUUGCUUUUUUCAGGUGCUGGAGGAGGCGGUCUCCGCGCGCUUCCGGAACAUGUCCUACCUGCACACUCGCGGGCCGGGCCUGGCGGGCCACUUGUCCGCCCUCCAGCACGGCAUUGUGGGGGACUUGGGCACGGUCCGUCACCUCCUGGAGCACUGCGUGCCGCCACGGUACCAGCUGACGCGGGCGUACCUGCGGGCGUGUCACCACUGCCUUCAGCAGCACCUGGCACAGGUCAGCGGAUGGGAGCUGGAGAGUGGGGAGAUCUUUGCUGUGCUCAACUGGGUCCUGCACAUCUACAACAGUCCUGAGAUGAUGGGCCACCCAGAUCUGGUGUGUGAGGUGGAGAACCUGGAGCCUCUUAUCUCCCCAGAGGGGCUGGAGCAACUCCAGAACAAAUAUGUCCAUAGUGUCCGGAAGAGUGUGUCUGAGUGGAUGCACAAGGCUCUGGAGGUGGAGCUAACAGACUGGAAGAGAGACCAGGAGCCAGACAUAGACCACGAGGGUUUCUACCACACCAGCCUGCCCACCAUCAUCACACAGAUGCUGGAGGAGAAUGCUCGGGUGGCCCUGAUGAUCAGUGAAGCACUGAGAGAUCAGACUGUCCAGAUGGGGCUCUACGAGAUGGAGAACCUUCUCAACAGGUUCCGCGAGGCUCUGGUGGAGUUUGGGAAGGAGCAUCGCAGAGACCAGAACUCCAACAAAAACAAGCUCUACCUCCAUUAUCUUCUGGCUUCAAUAAGCAACUGUAUUAUCCUCAAGACCUCCACAGAGCUCCUUCAGCAGCAGCAGUCUCCCCGCUCAGCAGGGCGUUUCUCCCGGACGCCCCCCAACCCGCUAGCGGCUCUGGAGCGGGCGGUGCGGCGAGCCUGCCGGCUGGUGAUGGAGCAGCUGAUGCUGGAGCUGCAGCCAGCCCUGCAGGGGGUGCUGUCACGUCCUUGGCUGGCUCAGGAGGACACCCUGCCCCAGCUCAGCCCUGUCCUGGAGAGGCACUUUGAGCUGUACAGAUGCGUACGUCCCCCCUGCAGAGAGCGCCUCCUGGAGGAGAGCCAGAGGCUGGCUGUGGUGGAAUAUGUCCGGGUCUUCAUGCAGAAGAGGUUAGUGUGCCGGAGCUCCGAGGAGAGGCAGAAGCUGGCUCAGCGCAUCAGUCUGGACGCACAGCACCUCCGAGACAUGUUCCAGAGACUGGAAUGUGAGGGGUUGGUGGCGGAGGUGAAUCCCACGGCCCUGCUGCCUGUCCUGGCUGACUUCAUCCGACUCAAGGACCCCAGCAUGCUGAGUCUGGAGGUGUCAGGCCUGGUGGCCAAGUACCCUGAUAUCAGUGAGGAGCAUGUGUCGGUGCUUCUGGAUGUACGAGGGGAUGUGUCCAGGGACGUGAGAGGGACGGUUCUGGACCUGCUGGAGCAGAGCGCCCCGCCUCUCCCUCCUGGCUACAGGCCCAUCUUCACAGAGAUCCUGGUGCCGCCCUCCAUGCCCUUCUGCCUGCCCACAGCCAAGUGUGCCUGACUGGGUCGGACUGAGGCACGAAAGCAUCGAUUUCAACUUUGAAAAACACUUUUUCAUGGGCUUUGUAGUACAAACCAGGCUGUUGAGUCAAACGUGAGAUUGUUGCUCCUGAAUCGGACAGUAUUAUUUCGAGUUCUUUAUGGAACUUCUCAGACUAGGCUUCAUCUCUCUAUGGGAAACCAGUCCCUCAGUGUGAAUGAAUAGUUCUGGAACUGGAUUAUUUAGUUAAAGCAAAAUGGGAUGUACAUUUAUGUCAGUGGCUAGGUCACACUGUAAGUAAUCUGGAAUAGCUUCAGACUAUCUCCUGAUUCACCAAGUGUGAUUUUUUUUAACAUUAUGUGUAAUUGUGUUUAUAUUCAGAGCAAUGUACAAUAUAAAAUAAAUAAAAGU